CUAUUUUUAUUUUGUUUAUAACGACGGGCGAACACUUUCACGCUAGGCGGAAUACGAUCGGUCCUGCUGCGCCAAAGCAAUUGAAGCCUGCUUGUGUUGUGAGUCGGAAAUCGGUGCGUUCGAGUGUUUGGAAAUUUUUUAAGAACCAUCAUGUUGGGCUAUCUGACGAUUGCGGCUUUGGUAGCGUUGGUCCGUGCAGAUCCCUCACCACUGCAUCAAUAUUUACCAGUAACGCAAAAGGCCAUAGUGAGCAUAGUAGGAGAUGCGAAUGGGACAGUAACUUUCACAACAACCGACAAAGGAGUACAAGUUACAGGAUCAAUUUCUGGUUUAUCCCCAGGAAAACACGGGUUCCAUAUUCACGCCCUCGGGGAUAUUUCGCAGGGAUGUACGUCCACUGGAGGGCAUUUUAAUCCCAAAAACCAAAGUCACGGUGCUCCAGACGCAGACGUCCGCCACGUUGGCGAUUUAGGCAACAUCGAAGCAGACGCCAAUGGAUUAGCCAAUAUUAAUAUUCUUGAUAACCAAAUUGCUUUGGAAGGACUAAACAACAUUAUAGGACGUGGGGUUGUCGUGCAUGCAGAUGAAGACGAUUUGGGAAAAGGAGGACAUGAUGACUCGCUGACCACUGGACACGCGGGUGCCAGAGUCGGAUGUGGAGUGAUCGGAAUAUUGGACGAACCAGCGCCAAGUUCGGGGACGAGGCACAUUAUUUCAUUAAUAUUGACAGUUGUCACUAUAAUUAGUACAACUAUUUUGUGAAUACCAAUGAAUGAAAAUCUAAUUUAAGCAGUAUUUUUUGACAUCGUCGAUAGAACAUUAGUGUUUAGUUUAGUUUAAGUUUUCUUGUUACACAAAUAUACACGGGUCAUCUAAUAAAUUUUUUACUACCAA